AUGUCAAAGCCGGCGCCUCGUGGCAUCAAAAAGGCUAUAGAGGCCGCAUCUUUAGAUGCUACUCCAGCACUCCAACCAUUGCCCGUCGUAAACUUUUUAGAUAGCAUGGACAAGAAGCUCGCUAAUGCUAUCGUCGCGGAGGCCCUUCCUCAAGAUCAAGAUCGUUUCCGACGCUAUCUGGAGCAUCGUCCUCUCGGUCUUGGUAUCAUCACAGCUGGUCAUAGGUUCGGCAAAACCACCGCUGGUGCCGCUUGCACUCUUGCAAUAGCUGGCGAGGACAAGGUCUUCUGCUCGGCGUCCACCAACAUUACUAGACAACUUCGCGAGUCGCAUUGA